AAUCUUGUCACUGUUUGUCAGGCACAAGAAAACAUCCAGCUUCCUCAUGCAGCCACAUUAUUGUCACAGACAGCGAGGUGAGCAGGAUCUGAACAGGUGCUCCACAGGUGUGGUGUCACAAUGCAAAAGAACCAGAAGCGCACAGGCUCAGGCGGAAAUACAGUGUUCUACAAACAAGUCACAGAUGUGAAAGAAAUAAGAUCUGGAUACUUGUUUAAGUCGCCUCCCCAAAAACGGUUGACGACAGAGACAUCAUGGAAGAAGCGUUAUUUUGUCCUGUUCAAAACCACUGAGCAACAAUGUCACCUCAUGUACUUCAAGAGUCCAGAGGAGAAGCACCAUCCACUCGGAAACAUUGACUUGUCGAGAAUCUCACUGUUACACAUGAGCCCUCAGCAUCACCAUAGAUGGGCUUGGAUCCAGAAGAGCUUCAAGUGCUCCCCGUCCUGUGUGCUGUACAUCAGGGCUGCAAAUCGGGAGUACUUUCUUGUCGGAGAAAACAGCGAUGAUGUGGACGGCUGGUUCUCUGUUCUGUUUGAAGCCCUGAAAAACCGUCCACAUAAAUUUCUCAGUACAGAGGAUCUGACACAGAAGCCGAUGACAAUCGAGGUAAUAUCAAAACCCAUAAUGCGGAAAAAGAGUUCACCCGCUGUGCUUGAAAAGCCAGCCCUGAAAUUACGCUCCAUGUCUGAUCCAUCUUCAGAUGCUUUGGAUAAUGAUGUGGAAAAAUCAAAGGAAGAAGAUUAUAACAAAAGACGUGCAUCUGCGCCUGUGAAUUCAGAAUCAGUCUAUGACUAUCCGAGAUCUUUCUUUGAAUCGCCAGUGUACAAGGUCACAGAAAACAGCGAGGACUCACUAUAUGAAACAAUGACACCUAUCUACGAUGAAGGAGUAGCUGAGGAAGUGGACCAUAAAGUCGAGGAACAUAACACCAGCACCAUUAUGAGGUCUGUCUUUCGGGUCUAUGAAGAAAGCAAGGCCCAGGUUUUUCCACUGUCCCUGCCUCCAGAGGAAAAAGCGUCUGAAGACAGAGAACAAACUCCGCCGCCUUCAGAUUUCAGCAGCAGCUCCAGUGACAACGGUGCCACCUCCCCCGUUGCGAUGCUGGAGACAAGAAGUGGGUUCACACUGGAGAAACACAGCUCCGCUGAGUGCCUGGAAACCAUGGAGAGAGAUAUUGAGGUGAAGCAGGCAGAUUUGAAAAAACACCUUUCAGUAACAGAAGUGGACGGGAGGCCAAGUGUGUCUGGAUGGACGGGGCAGCCGAAGACCGUUUGCCUGUUCCACAAAGGAGAUCAAAUUCUGGCUAUUAAUGACCUGCAUGCCAGCAGCUUGGAGGAGUUCAACAUAUACCUCAGCAGGUUGCUAAAGAAUGAGGUGAAAGUAACCAUCCUGCGUCAGCCUGGACAUCCACCUCUGCAUUCACCAGACUGCCCCUGCACUGAGUGACUGCACACUCAUGAGACUUUUACCUCUUCUACAUGUCUGCAUUAAUGUACAGUGUUUUAAUCUCUUUUUAAAAUGAAAACAUUUUUAUUUUACUUCUCUUAAAUGUGAAAAUGAUUCAAAUUAGAACUGAACAGUAUGUAAGGGUUAAUGAUUAUUGAUUUAUUGUUAUAUUUACUGAAGCAUUACAUAAAAGUCGAACGGCUCUGAGAACUCGGCAUCAUGAUCAGCAGGAUGAUAGCCUGCAGGUGCCAGGACUUCAAGUUGUGAGACGAUGUGUACAUAUUGAAAGAGAACUGUAAAAUCAAUUAUAUUUAGCAUAUUUUAGCCACAUUUUUUGCACGAGAUUUUAAUAAGCGCAAAUUCUUUGCUCCUACGUGCAAUCUGUUUACUUGGAGGUUACUUCAACUGAUGUAUUCUUCUGAUGCAGAAUAUUGCUUAAGAAUGCCUGAUUUUCUGUUACUAUAACAGCCCUUUUUUUUGUAAAUCAUACGACAGAUUCCUAUAUAUUUCUUCUCCAAAAUCAGUGAGAAGUCAAUCCAAUUUCAGUUUGGAACUCAUCCCUGAGAGAAUACAUUAGAAAUGGUGCAGUGCAGACACAGGUAGUAAUACAGUGUGUGAUAAGUAUGAUAACACGUACAUGAUGUAAAAUAGGAAGAGAAAGGUGCCAAGAGGUGUAAUGAAAUGCCUGGAGAUGGUUUUAAAACAGCAGUUUCCAAUGUUUUUAAUGAUUAACACCAAGUCAGAAAUGAUAGACUCACAAGUGAUGGAAGUGGAGGAGUGCUUAUGUAUAUAAAUAUGCCGUUCAGCCCUAAUGGUCCUUUUUUGCAUGUGGAACCAAAUUGUGAGAAUAAAAUGUUUGAAUCA